AAACCAGCGUCGUCGUUUUGAGUCGAUUAAACCUGAAAACCGAAACCCUAAAACCCUAGUCGUACCCAAAACUCUCCUCAGACAAAAAGGGGUCGGAUUCCGAUGUCGGACAGAGAAGAUUACGACUCCGACGCGCCGGAGGAGUUCACGGCCGAGCAGGGAAUACAACAGGAACAAGAACUGAGUAAGCUUCAGAAAGAGAAUAAGGCGAGGGUUGCUCGUGAAGGAAAAGAACGUCGUAGAAAAUGGGCCCAGAAGAAAACACCACGGAAAUCUACUGUUGAAAGUGUUCAAGAUGUUUCUGAAAAUGAAACACACCAAGAAUCUUCCAUGGGCACUGCAGGGAUGCUUCCUCCUAACAUUGUUGAACUACUUGCAGCUCGUGAGAAGCAAGUUUUCUCAGACUCUGAGGAUGAGAAGGCUGACUCGAAAUCUACUAAGAAGAAGAAAAAACGAAAAAGCUCAGGGGUUGAUGCUAUUAUUCUGAAUCAGACAGCUCCUCCUCCAUGCUUAGAGAAGUCCUUGGAAUUCUUGAAGAAAAGGAAAAUGCAGAUCCCCAGAUCACAAGCAGUGUUGAACAACUCGAACCAAGCAUUACGAUUUCUCACUUCUUCAGGCGUGUUAAGUAAAAAACUGACAAACUAAAAAUGUCAGCAUCCUUUUCUUCUCAAUGUAUGCUUCUGUAUUGUUAUUCUCUCACUGAUCAUACUGGCUCCUGAUGAGCAUUUAGAAAUGAUUGAUGAACAAAUGGAGUGAUCAUGCCCAAGGGUUAAUCCUUGAAGUUAUGGAAUCUGCAAUUUUGUUGUAAUUGCAUUGUUCUCACAUUAAUCGUGCCAGUAUUUUCUUACUCUUUUUCAGUGAUAAAAGCAAGUGUUUC